AUGGCUGAAGAAACUUGUUGUGGUUGUGUCUCUUAUGAAGAUAGUGAGUAUGAUAUGGGACUGCAUAUUGGUGCUAUCUUUAUCAUCUUUGGCGUGUCUGCUGCUGGUACAAUGGUUCCCAUUAUUGCACAGAAGAUUCCUCAAUGCAAGACGAAUUCAGUCAUUAUGGAAGCAAUCAGUGCCUUUGCCUAUGGUGUUGUCAUUGCGACUGGUCUUAUCCACAUGAUGAAUGAAGGUAUUGAGAAAUUGGGCAAUGAAUGUCUUGGGUCUGUCGUCGAAAACUACGAAAGCAUUGGGCUUGCAGUUGUACUGGUUACAUUAAUACUCAUGCAUUUCAUUGAGUGCGAAAGCUCAGUGUUCUUUGGGGCACAGAAGUCGAUGCUGCACGGUCAUGGUCAUGCGCACGGCGAGCCAAUUCUACAGGAGACUAAUACUACUCCAAACAAUGGCUACUCACCUUUUACUGCCAAUCUGUAUCAUGAAACGACUCGCGACCAAACUGCGCACGGCUCAAAGAUUCGUCGUAAAAUUGCCACGCUCAUCUUUGAAACUGGUGUGAUCUUUCACUCGAUCAUCAUUGGCCUCGACCUGGGUAUUACGACUGGAACUGACUUCAAAACGUUGCUUGCAGCCUUGUGCUUCCACCAGCUUUUUGAAGGUGUUGCCAUUGGUACAUCUGCAUUGAGCUCGCUCGGAUCCAAGCGCAAACUUUUCAUGCUAAACUUUGCGUUUGCAAUCACGACGCCUGUGGGUCAAGCUGUUGGUAUUGCUAUCCGUACCACAUAUUCGGAAUCAUCGACAACGGCGCUGUGGGUCCAAGGCACACUUAACUGUGUUGCUGGUGGCAUUCUGCUAUACACGGGGCUGGUCGAGCUAUUGACGUACAAUAUGACCACGAACGGCCAAUUCCUCUCUCGGUCAACGUCACAGCGUUUCACCUUGUACAUUUGUCUAUGGCUGGGUGCCGGUCUAAUGGCGCUCAUUGGCAAGUGGGCGUAA